AAGGCAUAAUCAUUUUGUUCCCAUCUUUCUGCCAACUUUUCACUGCCAAAAAUUGAACUCCAAGCAAUUAGGAUCUUAUAAAUGCCACUCCGAAGCACCCAACAAUUUUCCCUCACAGCUACUGCUAAAAAUUGCUACCAAUACUUCAGCUUCAAAGCUCGUCAAUCUAAUACUCAUAAAGCUAAGGAACUGAACAUGAAUCCCAAAGUUUGUUUCUUUCUCUUCUCUUUUUUAGCACUUGUGUUUGCUGCAAGAGCUCAAGAGAGAGCUCCUCAUGGCCUAGCCUUUGAGAAUCCUGUGGCGUUUUCACCUUCAGCAGUUGAGUUUUUCCAUCCCAAAACACAACAGCCCAACACUAAGAAACCUUGUGAAGAAUCAUCUGGUUGCUCACCAUUGCCUCUAGCAGCUGAAGUAGAGGCUAUUCAAACACAGGAAAGUGAAGCUUCAUCAUCUCAGAAAGUUGGGAGUCGACUAGGAGCCAGUGGCAUUGCCGCAAUUGUGGUCGGUUUGGCAUUUGCGGUGCUUAUAGCAACCGGAGGUUUCUAUGUGUUCAGCACACGUCGAGCCAAUAUGAAUCGAGACAGCUCCAUUAAACCUGAUGCUUAAUGGGAUUACUACAGUAGGCUUGAUUAUUUUGACAGACUUUUCUCCCUUUUACCUUCUGCUGUAUUAUGUCUUGCCAAUAGUUCUCUUAUUCCUUAUUAUCUAAUGUGUUCUAAUUUUUUUUUUUUUAACAAAAGUUUGAAAUGCGUCUAUGGUUUCACAAGUGGUCAAAUCCUAUCCUUAAAAUUGAGUCACUAUGAAUCCAUUGUUCAAUUUUUGAAGUUCGCCAAGUAAUUUAGCGUUUUCAAGAUCACUUGCCAUGGAAUUUUUGGUGAUAAGUUGCGAUCAUUGGUCGA